UUACAAAUUGUGUAGCAUAAAAUACAUCUCAAAAAGGAGGUGUUGAAGGGUCAAACUUUGACGCCCUCUGUUCUUUUUUCUCUCUCAUCACCACUUCCAUUAAAUUUGAACCCCUUUCUUCAAUUUUCUCUCUCUAAAAAAAACAGUGGAUUUAUUCUGAUUCGUAGUGUUUUUGUGGAAGAAGGGAAGUGGAAGAAAUGCCAAACCAAGAGGAAUUAGCCCUUGUUCUACCAGAAGAAGAAUCAAUGGCGGAGGUGGCUGCCGCCCCAAACAGCCCCUUCCACGAAAUCAACCGCGAAGAGGACGCCGGCGCAGCUUUUGUCCUCGAAUCCAAAGGGAAAUGGUACCAUGCGGGGUUUCAUUUGACGACGGCGAUUGUGGGGCCCACAAUACUGACGCUGCCGUACGCUUUCCGGGGGCUGGGGUGGUGGGUAGGGUUUCUCUGCUUAACGGCUAUGGGGGUUGUGACCUUCUACUCUUACUAUCUCAUGUCUUUGGUGCUGGACCACUGCGAGAAGGCUGGACGCCGCCACAUACGAUUCCGUGAACUCGCUGCCGACGUAUUGGGUUCUGGAUGGAUGUUCUAUUUUGUGAUAUUCAUUCAAACGGCAAUAAAUACCGGCAUCAGUAUCGGAGCUAUUCUGCUUGCAGGGCAAUGCCUCCAGAUCAUGUAUUCUAACCUGUUCGAAAACGGAGCGCUGAAACUAUAUCACUUCAUAGCAAUGGUGACAGUAAUUAUGAUACUUUUGUCUCAAUUUCCGAGCUUCCAUUCCCUCAGGCACAUUAAUUUGGGGUCGCUGGUUCUCAGCUUGGCCUACACUUUUAUCGUGGUCGCCGCUUGCAUUAAUGCAGGCGCCUCAAAAAAUGCACCACCAAGGGACUAUUCUUUAGAAUCUGCAGCUUCGUCGAGGGUAUUCAGCGCAUUCACUUCCAUAUCUAUAAUAGCUUCGAUUUACGGGAAUGGUAUACUACCCGAAAUACAGGCGACACUUGCUCCACCAGCUGCCGGAAAGAUGGUGAAAGGCCUUAUAAUGUGUUACGCAGUAAUUUUCUUGACUUUCUACUCCGCUGCAGUUUCCGGAUAUUGGGUUUUUGGUAAUAAAUCCAAUUCGAAUAUUCUCAAUAGCUUAAUGCCCGACGAGGGCCCCCCCUUGGCCCCCGUAUGGCUUGUGGGCCCCGCAAUUGUAUUCGUUCUCCUCCAACUCUUCGCCAUUGGCCUAGUCUAUUCUCAAGUGGCCUACGAGAUAAUGGAGAGGAAAUCGGCUGAUGCAAGCAAGGGAAUAUUCUCCAAGAGAAACUUGAUUCCGAGGAUAAUUCUCCGCUCGUUAUACGUGAUUGUUUGUGGGUUCUUUGCUGCGAUGCUGCCUUUCUUUGGAGAUAUAAGUGCCGUUGUGGGAGCUAUUGGAUUUAUCCCUCUCGAUUUUGUACUUCCGAUGCUUCUUUAUAACAUAACACAUAAGCCCAAAAAGUCUUCACUCGCAUAUUGGGUCAACAACUCGAUAAUAGUCGUGUUCACGUGUGUCGGUAUCUUGGGGGCAUUUUCGUCAAUUAGGAAGCUGGUUCAAGAUGCUAAAGAGUUCAAGCUUUUUAGCAGUGAUGUGGUUGAUUGAGUGAAUGAACGAAGCUUCUCGAAGUGGGGGCAUUUUUGUCUUUUUUUACACUUGUAAAGUUCGUUAGUACUUUGCAGAAGCAAUCUCGAGAAAAUAUGCAGAGAUGGUUGAUUGAGGUAAGAUAACUAUCGUAUGUUGAUCGAGUGUUUAGCAUCCCGAAUUAUGUGCAACACAUUUGUGUAACAUCUUGUUAUGUUAUAUGCAUGCUAAUGAUGUAUAGAGAAAUUUGCAAUGUGACGAGAAUCGAAAAUUCUUUUUUCAAUGUAUAAUUAAAUACCGUAGAUUCUA